GGAAGAGACCGCCACGGCAGCGCUAAGAGCAGCCCGUUUUAGCUGGGCCGGCGUGGGGAGACUUGAAGGGUAGAGGCCUGCGCACGUAGGUCGUCUAACGCCGCAGGAGGGCGGUGACGGAAACCUGGGUUUACAGCCUCCGGUUGCGAACACUUGACUGUGGCUAGCCACAAGGGCAGACGCUCCAAGUUCAUAAGAAUUAGAGUCGACGGUUACGAUAAACUGACUUUAGUGACGCAGUGGAAAUCAGCAUAGAUAUCCUAUUAAUUUAAAAAAAAGAAUGGAACUAUUAAAUAUUGAUUUAAUAUAAGUCUGGAGCUCACAGCUAGACAACCUCAUCGAAGGGGAGGGCGCAUGCGUAGGGGAAAGUCAGAUUGAGGGGUAGUGAGAAGACAGUUUGACAAUAAGUAUAUAUUAGACAAGGAAGCACAUAUGGAUAAUUAAGAAAGGAAUCUUUGUAUCCCUUUAAGAGUAGUAAUAGUACUUAAGAGCGAGGCACCGUUCUAAGCACUUCACAUAUAUUAAUUUAAUUCUCAAAAAUUCUAUUGGGGUUCUGGGCCUUUUGAAGCUAGGUCAUAAGAAUUGCGGCAGCUUCUCCCCAUGCUUCUCAGAACACUAUGGGAGCCCUAGGCUGAGAGGUCUCCUGCUGACAUUCCCGCUAACGGCUGCGGCUGAUCCCAGCACUCCGGUCAUCCCCGUCAAGGUUCUCAGACAUGUGAGGGAAGCUUUCCGGAUCAACUCAUCUGCCUGCUGCAUACCACACUGGACAGAAGAAAUCACCCAGUUGAGCCCUACCUCAAUUUUUGACCCAUAAUAGUAUGAGCUAUAGUAAAAUUAUUAUUAUUUAACAAAAUACAAACAAACCAACAAGCCAUGAGAUAGGUUUUCUCAUUCUCGUUUUACAGAUGAGGACGCGAGACACAGAAAGGUUACUCUGUAUCAUGAACUAUACAAGACAUUAAAGACAGAAUUAUUAAAAAACAGAUAUAGGCUUCUGCCUUGGCAGAGCUCACAGACUUCCUGGGACACUUCCCAGGAAGUGUCAAUAAUCAAAUAAUAUUUAAAGUGUGCCAAAAGUUAUGAUGGAGGAUGUAAAGCUUGCUGUGUAAACUACUGGUUAGGGCCCCUACCCAACUCUCAGGCAUUAAAAGAGCCCUUUUUUUGCAAGUGACCUUUCAACUGAGAUAUGAAUGGUGAGUCAGAGUUGGCCAGGUGAAGUUUGGUGGAGGUGUAGAGAGGAAGUGUUUCAGGCACAGGAAAGAACAUAUGCAAAGGACCAGAGACUUCGGUGCACUUCAGAAGUAUAAGGAUUUAGUGUGUGGCUGGAGUUUGGAGUGGGGAGUGUGAAAAGGCUAGGAUAAAGGAAGAAAGUGUCUGUAAAUCAAUUGUAAAAUUUGGGCUUUACUCAGAGGACAAUGAGAAGCCUUUGAAAGGUCAAGUCAGGAGAGUGGCAAGGCAUUUUUGUGUUUUAGAAAGGUCACUGUGUCUGCUGUGGCAGGAAUGGGCUGGAAGGAAGAAUGAUUGUAUUCUAGGAGACUAGUUAUGAGGUUAUAUCAUCCUUGUAAGGAGGAUGCUAAGGAGGGUGGUAGUUAUAGGGGUUAAAGGAAGUAGGUAGAUUGGAAAGGUUUAAUAAUCGAUUAAAUGUGAAUGGUGAGGAAACAAGAAAAAUUAAGGUUGGCUGUCAGGUUUCUGGCACGGACAGUUGGGUACACCCUCUGUGUGCACCAACAGAUGAUAGUACUUCCCCUAUGGUAGUGAAUAGCACACUGUAUUUCAAUUGUUAUGAGAGGGCAGGGAUUAUAUUUAUCAUCUUAAUUGACAAUACCCAGCCCACAGUUCCUGCCUGGCACAAAAGCUAAUAAGCAUUCUAUAAAUAUAUACUGAAUUUAAAUUUAACCGAGUAGGGGUACUAGAAGAGAAAUGGGUUUGGGGAAAAGCUGACAAGAUCAGUUUAGAACAUAAUGUGUUUGUGGUGCCUGUGAAAUACCCAAAUGGAGUUUUUUUAGUGGACAGUGAAAAGACUGGAGCUUUAGAUAAAGAUCUAGAAUGAAAAUAUAGUACUCAGCAGCAUAUGAAGGUCAUUUGAGCUAGAGAGGUUAAGACUACCUAGGAUCUACAGAGUGCAAAGGGCACAGGAUCUCAGACAGACCAGUGGGGUUUAAGGAACAAGCAAAGGAAAGUCUUUCCUUAUGCAACAGAGAAGAAAGUGCUAGAAAGGUAAGAGGGACACUCACAGUUUUUACAGGCGAAAAAAGAUCCAUUGUUUUGGCAGCUUCUGAGAUAUCCAGCAGCAUUAUGAAUGCAAAGUGUCCAUGCAAACUCAGGGAUGACCCAAGUGAAGAGUGACCUUAGAAAGGUGAGAGUCAGGAGAGAGGAAAUGAAGACCUCUGUGUGUAGGCAACUCUUUAAGAAGUUUGAUUUUAAAAAGGGAGAGGAGAUACAAUGUUAACUGAAGAGCACAGCCAAGGGAUGUUUGUCUAAAAAUGGGGAAGACCUUUAAAACCUGAUGGGAAAGAUUCAAAAGCUAAUGAGAAGGAUUCUGUAAAGAAGUAGAGGAUAAAGUGCAGGAGAGAACUUCAGAAAAGGCAGAGAAGAAUGGGAUUUGAGUGCUCAACAAAUAUUAGAUGAAUGAAUGAGUUGGUAAAGUUGGUCACUAUUUUGGAAGUGGGAAUGAAGAGUUGAGAGGUACGAUUCUCCACAUUUUGCAAGCCGGGCGAACUGAGGAGGAAUGUCACUGGGGCAGAAUCCUGGUGCUGGCAACCCAGCCCUCAGAUCACACGUCCGGGGAGGAGAGCUGGCAGUCUGACGUCACCAAGGGGGAGGUACCCCUCCUCUCCAAAGCCAGACAGAAAGCCUCACAGAAAGCCUCACAUGGUGCUGCGGAGAAACAGAAAGUGGGAAAAGAGGAGUGGUCAGCUCAAGAGUCCCACCACCAAACUGGACCAACUCCUCCUAUCCUUGGAUCUUCUCAUGGGCCCCAGAAAGAACUUGGAGGAAAAUCACUGAACUAUGUCGAGUCUGAUUUCCUGCCUUGCUGGCCUCGCAGCCCUGCUGACCACAUCCUCUGUCACCUUACAUACUUCCUCACCAGUCACAUCGCUCAGGAGUUCUCAGCCCCCAUAACUUGUCACUGACCCCCACUCAGGUCCUCUGCUUUACCCUCUUCCUGUCCUUACCUCCCUCUGACACUGCUGUUAGAACCAUGUUGCUCUACCUAGAAGUAGCCAGUUCUGUCCCUUUCUGGAUAGCCAACACCCCUUUUUACCACGGGUGACAGUAUUGAACACAAUGCAGCUGGGCCAGUGGUGGCCAAGUACCUGGGGGAGCCUAGGGCUGGGGCCCCGAAACACUUCUCGGGGAUCCCAGCUCUGUGCCCUCUAUGACUUCACUUACACUGCGGCAGAUGGUAGGCAGGUAUCUAUGGCUGAAGGGGACAGGUUCCGACUGCUUCGCAAGACCAAUGCAGACUGGUGGUUGGCAAGGCGCCUGGGAGAACCAUCCAACUCUCGUCCCAUCUUUGUACCAGCUGCCUACAUGACGGAAGAAUCUGUACUUUCCCCGAGCCCAACCACCGUCACCACCAGGCAGUCCCUCUGGACUCGUGGUCCAAAGUUGUUUCCUGACUCACCAGAAGAGCUGCAUUUAUCUCAGGCAACCCCAAGCAGAGCCCAGACUACAUCACAGCAGCCUCCUUCUCUUCCCCCCAAAAUGUGUAGAAGUGUUAGUGCUACCAAUCUGGGGCCCACUCUCCUGAUGCCCUUCCAGGAUGGGCCAAAUGGAAGAUCUCUCUCCCAGGAGGACUUGCUGACAGAGACCAGUGCCAAUAUGGCAGGACCCCGGCCCCUCAUGUCAGAGCCCCCUGUGUACUGUAACUUGGUGGACCUUCGCCGCUGCUCCUGCACCCCACCCCCAAACCCUGUAUGCCCCCCGCUGCAGAGGCUGGGCACCUGGGAACAGUACCUGGACCCUAACUCCGGACGCUGCUUCUACAUAAAUUCACUGACUGGCUGCAAGUCCUGGAAGCCCCCACGCCGCCGCUGCACUCGAACCGGGGAGACGGACGCUGCCUCCAUGGAGGGGACACAGACCUUGAACGGGGACAAUGGUGUCCUGCAGCCUCAGGCAAAGGGCUCAGACUCUGACACAGGGUCUCCAGAACUGCCCGCCCCCCAGGGUUCACCCUGCCUCCGGCGACGCACCUCCCAGCUCGACCCCUCCGACAAGCCUUCGGCCUGGCAGCCCCUUCGGCCUCUGCCGCAGGUCCUGGACGACCCCCAUGAGGUGGAAAAGUCGGGCCAGCUCAACGUGACUAAGAUCGCUCAGGGGGGACGCAAGCUCAGGAAGAACUGGGCCCCAUCUUGGGUGGUGUUAGCGGGUAACAGCCUAGUGUUCUACCGAGAGCCACCCCCCGCCGCACCCUCCUCAGCCUGGGGACCAGCGGGCACGCGGCCCGAGAGCAGUGUGGACCUACGCGGGGCGGCCCUGGCGCACGGCCGCCACCUGUCCAGCCGCCGCAACGUCCUGCACAUCCGAACGGUGCCAGGCCACGAGUUCCUGCUGCAGUCAGACCUCGAGACCGAGCUGCGGGCCUGGCACCGCGCACUGCGGGCGGUCCUCGAGCGCCUGGAUCGGGAGAACCCGGUGGAGCUGCGUCUAUCAGGCUCGGGCCCGGCGGAGCUGGAGGAGCUGAGCGCUGGGGAGGACGAAGAAGAAGAGUCGGGGUUCAAGCCACUGCGGCGUUUCGGCGUCCUCAGGAGCUCCAGUCGCUGCCCAGAGGGAACUGAGCAGAACCGCGUGCGGAACAAACUCAAGCGGCUUAUCGCUAAAAGACCACCCUUACAAAGCCUGCAGGAGCGGGGUCUGCUCCGAGACCAGGUGUUCGGCUGCCAGUUGGAAUCACUGUGUCAGCGGGAAGGAGACACCGUGCCCAGCUUUGUGCGGCUCUGCGUUGCUGCUGUGGAUAAGAGAGGUCUGGAUGUGGAUGGCAUUUACCGGGUAAGCGGGAACUUGGCAGUGGUCCAGAAACUUCGCUUCCUGGUGGACAGAGAGCGGGCGGUCACCUCCGAUGGGAGGUACAUGUUCCCAGAACAACCAGGACAAGAAGGUCGGUUGGAUUUGGACAGUGCUGAGUGGGAUGACAUUCAUGUGGUCACUGGAGCCCUGAAGCUUUUUCUCAGGGAGCUACCCCAGCCUCUAGUACCCUCACCGCUGCUGCCUGAUUUUCGUGCUGCCCUUGCGCUCCUGGAAUCAGAACAGCGUCUCUCUCAAAUACGAGAAUUAAUAGUCUCACUGCCAAAGCCCAACCAUGACACUCUGCGGUACCUCCUGGAGCAUUUAUGCAGGGUGAUAGCACACUCAGAUAAGAACCGCAUGACCCCUCACAAUCUGGGGAUUGUGUUUGGACCAACCCUGUUUCGGCCUGAGCAGGAGACAUCCGACCCAGCAGCCCAUGCUCUCUACCCUGGGCAGCUAGUCCAGUUGAUGCUCACGGACUUCACCAGCCUCUUCCCCUGACUGGGGCAAGAAGAGAAAAUGUGUUUCCAAUGGUGCCCUUUGAUGGUAUGGUAUGUUCUGAGAACAUUCCUUUAAAUCUUGUGUCUCCCAGA